CCCCCCCCCCAACCCCCGUUUUGCCCCACCGGGGCCCGACUGGCAGCUGCCCAGGGCCGGGAUGAGCCGCCGCGAUGGAUGAGUUCCACCCCUUCAUCGAGGCGCUGCUGCCCCACGUGCGGGCUUUCUCCUACACGUGGUUCAACCUGCAGGCCCGCAAGCGCAAGUACUUCAAGAAGCACGAGAAGAGGAUGUCCAAGGAAGAGGAACGCGCCGUCAAGGACGAGCUGCUGGGCGAGAAGCCCGAGGUCAAGCAGAAAUGGGCCUCGCGCCUCCUGGCCAAGCUCCGUAAGGACAUCCGGCCCGAGUGCCGUGAGGACUUCGUGCUCUCCGUCACCGGCAAGAAACCCCCUUGCUGCGUCCUUUCCAACCCAGACCAAAAGGGCAAGAUCCGGCGCAUCGAUUGCCUGCGCCAAGCAGAUAAGGUUUGGCGUUUGGACCUCGUCAUGGUCAUCCUCUUCAAAGGGGUUCCUUUAGAGAGCACCGACGGCGAGCGUUUGGCCAAGGCGCCCCAAUGCGCAAGCCCGGGGCUCUGCGUGCAGCCCCAUCACAUCGGCGUCACCAUCAAGGAGCUCGAUCUUUACCUGGCUUAUUUCGUCCAUUCCGACUCCGGCCAAUCCGAAACAGGAAACCCCCCCGGAGAUGCGGACAUCAAACCACUGCCCAAUGGGCACCUGAGCUUCCAGGACUGCUUCGUGACGUCGGGGGUCUGGAAUGUGACGGAGCUGGUGCGAGUGUCCCAGACCCCAGUGGCGACCGCAUCGGGCCCCAACUUCUCCCUGGCCGACCUGGAGAGCCCGGGGGGGUUCUACAACAUCAGCCCCGUGGCCUUGGGCCGCCGGCCCCUUGGGCCCCCCAGCGCCAGCGGCCCCAAGCGCCCCAAGGCGCUGGAUGAAGGGGACCUGGAGGGACCCGGGGACGAUGUCUUCUACCCAGGACCGGGCCGGUCCCCAGCCCCCGGCAGCAGCCAGGGACCGUGGGGGGGGGACGUGGACACCGGCCCGGCAGCGCUGAAGAAAUCGGGCAAGUUGGAUUUCUGCAGCGCCCUAUCGGGGCACGGAGCCCCCCCCCGCAUGGCCUUUGGCCACCACCCCCUGCCCGUCCUAGCCGGCGUCCGCCCCGGCAGCCCGAGGGCCACGGCCUCGGCGCUGCACUUCCCGUCGGGGUCCCUGCUGCCGCAGUCGAGCCCCUACUUCGCGCACCCCACGAUCCGCUACCACCACGGGCAGGACUCGCUCAAGGACUUCGUGCAGUUCGUCUGCGCCGACGGCGCCGCCCAGGGCCCCCAGCCCUGUGGGGCGCAGGGCAGGGUUGGGGGCACUGCUGGGGCCCCCCUGGCCAGGCCCCUGCCCCUGGCCCCUCCGGAGCACAAAGCCCCCAGUGGCCCCCAGGGCGGAGCGGCCGCUGCACCCCGUAAGUGCCCAGCACCCCAUUGAACCCCACUGCACCCC